AUGCCGGGCUCGGCUCUGAAGACCAUACCCCUCACUUGGCCGUUCGCCGUCUGGGGCCUGGACAUGGUGGGAAAGUUCAAAACAGCCCCCGGCGGGUACACCCACCUCCUAGUUGCGGUGGACAAGGGAGAUGGCGACUUCUGCGAAGACAAAGGCAUCCGACUCGACCUCGCAUCAGUCGCGCACCCCGAGUCGAAUGGGCAGGCGAAAAGAGCGAACCAGAGCAUCCUCCAUGGAAUCAAGCCACGACUGAUGGUGCCCCUAGAGCGCGCAGCCGGAUGCUGGGCAGAAGAACUCCCCUCUGUGUUAUGGGGCAUUCGCACAACGCCAAACAUGUCGGCCGACUUCAUGCCUUUCUUCCUAGUGUACGGCGCCGAAGCAGUCAUGCCCACGGACAUUGCUUACGACUCGCCACGGGUCACCAACUACGCCGAAGAGGAAAACGAACGCGCUUGCCAAGAUGACAUCGACCUCCUCGACGAGGCCCGGGACCUCGCACUCUCCAGAACAGCCAUCUAUCAGCAACGCCUCCGCCGCUACCACAGUCGCCGCGUCCGCGGACCAUUCGCCAUCAGCCGCGCACUCGGCAACGACUCCUACUACCUCACCGACGUCCGCACGGACGAUAAAGGCGAACCACUCACCAGAGAAGUGGAGCGCCCCUGGAACAUCAAUCUCCUCCGCCGGUUCUACACCUAA